AUGUUUCCAAAAAGUUUGUUAUUACCUAGAAUAAGGCUAUGCAGAAGCUUAAACAUUGUAGGAUAUAGAUGUAACAAUUUAAAUAUAACAGGCGGAAUAAAUAACUAUCACAGUCUUAGGUGUCAUAACAUAAAGUCAAAAUUUACCUUGAAUCAAAGAUUACCAACAUUUUCCUAUUUACUGCAUUUGAAAUGUUAUUCCCAUGUUGAUGAUAAAAUUCAGGAAGAAAAUACCCAAAGGGAAAAAGAAUUAAAUAAUAUACGUCAGCUAUAUACACACCCUAGAGUAACAUUAAAUGAAUUGACUGCGAAGACACCAGAUAAAAUAUUUGAUAUACAUUAUAAGCAAGCUAAUGUUGCUCCGAAAGGGUCGAAAAAGAAGCCAUCACAGAAUGACUGGACCUGUGCUUAUUCUUUUGUGUGGCCGGAAAAGAUGAAGUUUGAAGGAACAUCAAUAUCAAAACGACAAGCCGCAGAAAAGGCAGCCAUUCAAGCUCUACAUUGGCUGUAUAUAAAUAAACGGAUAGACAAAAAAGGCAACCCUGUAUAUGAUACAAAUGUGAUGAAAACUUUGAAGAGCACUAUUUAUAGUCCUAUACAAGGGGCGAUUAGUGAGAGGUCUAUUGAGAAAAUUGAAAAAAUAUGGAAUGAAUAUGAGAGUGAAAUAAAAACAAUAUAUGAUGCAACAUUCAAAGAGGCAAAACAGAGGCAUUACAAUUUUCCUGUUAGAGUGCAGAAGGACUCCACGAUUGAUGAUGACGACGGCAUUGCACUAAGCGAAGAAGAGGACAAAACAGAUUUCCGAACCCAAAUACACCCAGUGUUUGGCAAAUUGAUAGAAGCGCCAUCUAGUGCAACCCUGGCGAGGCGAGAACGAAACUUGGAAAGGAUUUUUAAACAUUAUGAAGACUCCUUGACUCCGCUGCCUAUUGAUCAAUAUGCGUAA